GAAACAUAGGCGUGCUUAUCAAGACAGCCAGUCGCAUUGGGCGCAUCCGAUCCAACGGAACCACGGAAACCGACACCUGUGUGAGUGUGCGGAUCCCAGUCAUCCAAAGGUGUUGCUUCUGAUCCUCUGGCCUGCCUACCUGUGGUUCCCUCUUCGCUCUGCUCGGAAGAACCUGCAUCAAACGAUCGGACGCCAAACUCUUGGAGACCCAUCAAAGGCCGACUCGCCCCAUCCCACUGCCCCGUCGCCAUGACGUCCAGCUUCUCGGCGGAGCAGGUGGCGUGCGUUUGCGAGGUGCUCCUGCAGAGUGGCAGUAUGGAGCGCCUGGCGGCCUUCCUGUCCUCACUCCCGGCCUGGUCGAGCCUGCAAGGGCAGGAGAGCGUGCUGAAGGCCCGCGCGGCUGUGGUUUUCCACCAGGGCCGCUUCACAGAGCUCUACAGCCUUCUGGAGGGCUUUCACUUCUCUCCCUGCAGUCACCCACUUCUGCAGCAGCUUUGGCUGCGUGCGCAUUAUCUAGAGGCUGAACGGCAGCGGGGGCGCCCCCUGGGGGCCGUGGGCAAGUAUCGCGUGCGGCGCAAGUUUCCCUUGCCCAGGACCAUUUGGGACGGAGAGGAGACGAGUUACUGCUUUAAGGAGAAAUCUCGCAGCAUGCUCAGAGAGUGGUAUUGCCACAAACCGUAUCCAUCGCCCCGUGAGAAGCGAGACCUAGCGGCUGCCACCGGCCUCACUGCGACACAGGUCAGCAACUGGUUCAAGAACCGGCGCCAGAGGGAUCGGGCCGCCCAGUGCCGGUAUAGGGAAGAAGAGGGGUCAGAUAGGACCCCCGGAGCAGGAUAUGCAAGUUCCGAUGAAGACUUCCCCCAUCCAAGGAGCCCAGUCACUUUGUACAGCUGCCCGCACCCCCCUUCCCGUCAGCCCCCAGUGGGCGUCCUGGGUGGAGGGCAGUUAUGAAGGUGGGAACCUCAGUAGGAUACUCCUGAGGAGAUUCACUCAUGAUGAUCGGACUGUCUGCUGUUUUAGCCUGUUUUAGUUACUUUGCAUAUCUGUACUUAAUGCCUUUUUAUA